ACCUGUAGCGGUUCUACCGGAAUGCAAAUCCAACAAUCACGAAGUCAUUGAAGAUUUACGAAACAGUAGGAUGCUGAGUUCAAAAUGAUCGCAGCAGUCAUGGUGCAUCGAUUUAUCACUUUGUUUCUAAUAGGGAUUUUACUUCCGAUUAGUAUUGCACGUCCACCAAAAGAGAUAAAGAAUAACCAACACGAGAGAAGAAAUUUUGACGAAGAUAGACCUGCAGCAACCCUAAAUUGUACCACAACAGGCAACAAUAGGAAAUCUUCCACCAAUUCAAAUGUAUUUGUUAAAGCUUAUGAUACCCUGUAUCCCGAUAUACCACACAGUCGUUACAUGGACUUGAUUAUUUCUUUGGACGAGCCUCAGCAAUCGUCAAUAAGAAAACAUCAUAAUCGAUCGGAGAGACACCCGAAACCACAUAAGAAAAUGACUGUCCAUUUCGUACCCGUUCCCGUAAUGAUGCAAGAAGAUGAAUACGAAGGAAUAUACCCUUUCCAAUACCCUUACAGGCAUUUACCCCCAAGUGAUUACCAUAAGCACUAUUAUAUGGAAGACGAUUCAGAAGAGAUAUCUGAAACUUUGUCCGAAGUUAAUCAAAUGAGUUCUACUAAUAAAACCCUUGAAAUAACCGACGAUGAAACAGUUUCUAGUGAUACAAUGCUUCAAUGUGACGAAAACAAAUCUAAACCAUGUACAGAACAUCAAAACAAUCCAAUUGAGAAAGACUUAACUUCUUGGGGAGUAUAUGAAGAGGACUUAGAAGAUAAUUCAUCGUUAUCAUCCGAAGAAGGAACUUCUGAUAUGGAAACGAAAGUUAAUCAAAGGAUUGGAUUAAUGACAAGGGAUUCAAUAAAAGCCUCUCAAUUGAGCCAAAACGUCAAAAUAAGCAAUCAUGUUACAGGGAACAAUGACACUAAUUCCAGUCAUGAUUGUGUUAAACACCACAUCAUCCAAAUAAUUAAUAUCAACUCGAAAGAUUUUGACGAUGAAAACCAUGACGAAUGGUACGAGGUGGAAGACGAAGCUAAAUCACUCAGUGAUGACUUGCUGGUCAACAGCAGUAUCAAUAAAACAGCAUUGACUCCCAAAGAUAUAAUGUUUUUGCUGAAGAAAAUGCUCGUUUCUGCAGAGCCCACGGUUUCAGAGGAACGCAGGAACGAAAGCAUUUCAUACGUGGAAAAAGAAGAAAGUUACAACAACACCAAGGAAGAUCUAACCAUUACGAUAGACGAGUCUAAAAUGCAUACUUUAGAAGAAGAAAAAGUAGAAGAAGAUGAUCUAAAAACGGACAUAGAAGAAGAGAAUAAGACUACAACCAUACAAAAUCAAAAACAAACCGAAUCGUUCAAUCAACAUGAAGAGGAACUUCAUGCAGGUGUUUCAGAAGAAAAAUCUUUUUCCAAAAGAUCAAGUCUUGAAACUACUGGAACUCUGGAGCAAAGAGACCCAUCCAAACGCUCUCCCCAAAUGGGAAUGCCGAAUCUGAACGAAGAAGAAAGUUCCCCGAGAAGUUACAAACAUUAUGACGGUGAUGAUGUCAGAGAACGGACUAGAGUACAAAAGAUUCCUAGAAAAAGAAAAUUUGCAGGACCAUCAAACGUGGAAGGCCAAGAUAAGCACUCUAUAGAAGCAAAAAAUCGUUCAAAAAGAGAAAUUUCAGAAAAUAAUCCAGAGGAAGAAGUUUACAACAUAAAGCAAAAGGCUUCUAUAAGGAACAAAAACAGAAAGAAGCCACUACCAAAUGAUCCUACAACAACAAAAAUUGAGCAAGACGUUGUAAUUUUUAAUGACGGUAAAAAUAGAAAUAAAGUUAUCAAAAUACAAACUCCUGUAAGAAAUUCAGACAAUGGGAAUGUGUAUAAUUUCCUGCAACAUAACUCCAUAAAUGCUGAAACGAACUGCAACCCUUCUUCGGAGGUAUUGACUCAAAACGUUAAAAGGGAUGAAGAAGGUAAGCCUAUAAAAGAAGGAGAUAACCACAACCCUUCUUCAGAGGUAAUGGUUCAAAACUUUGGAGUGGACAAAGAGGAUAAAUCUACAAAGGAAGAGGAUGGCUACGUCCCUCCUUCACAGGUAUUAAUUCAAAACGUUGGAAUAGACGAAGAAGAAAAAGAAGAUAAAUCUACAAAGGAAGAGGGUGGUCGAAGUCUAGAAACCUCUCCUGUACUUCUCGGAAGUGAAAUGCCAUGUGACGAACACGCAGGGUGUAAAAGUGAUACUGAAAUCAAUCCAAAACAGCAUAAACUCUCUAGAAAAUUACCUGUUGAAGAAAAGUGUAGAAAAAUUUUUGAAAUUUUAAAUCUUGACCCAUACGAAUUCCGAAAUGGUGAUAGAUCACGACAUUUUCCUCAGAUAAUAAAUCAAAUUGCCCAGAUAUUUCCUUAUCCAGGAAUAAUGAAGAAUAUGGAAGAAACGGAUCCAUCUGUUGUCUCAUAUGACGGCGACGAUUCAAAAAAAUAAACUAU